GUUGAUUACCCCAACUACUAUAUGUUGGCAAUGAAACAUAAAUCUUAUUUAUAACUAAAUAAGUUUAGUUUUAAGUCGCAAUAUUAAUAUUAUCAGACUAAGAAAAAAAGAAUUACAUUUAAGAAUAAUUAAGAAAGGAGGUAUAAUAACUAAAUCUAGAUUUAAAACUAUUUUAUAAAUAAUGUCCGCUAAACAAUAUCAUUCCUAAUGCCUGGUGAUUAGGUAAAUUUAAUCCAUAAUUUUUAAAUUCAGAAGGAAACAACCUAUUUUUGGAAAAAUUUAGGCAUUAUUACAAUUAGCAUUAUUAGAUUAUUAUAUGAUUGAUUAAAUCAAUUUUAAUAUUUAUUGCUUCUCAAAUAAACAGAG